AGUCUGGCAACGUCGUAAACAUUGUUUAGCUGGACUGGCUGGUAGCUAAAGAGUUGCAAAUUAAAAUUUGUUUGUUAUUGUAAAAAAAAAGAAGUGUGUGCUUAAUUAAACACAGAAGGUCUUCCCGGAUGAGAAUAAGAUACAAUGUGAAAACAGGAAUUUCAUAAGCUACUAGCACAUAUCACGCGUAAAGAGGGCGUCAACAAAGGGCAAGAGUUUAAAGAAGAAGAAACUAGAAAACAUUCAACGCUUUGCAAAUUGUUUAUUACUCAUUAGUAAUAGUUGUGAUAACUAAACCAAAACACUGCCAUGAGUAACCACAGAUAUCAUCACGGCGGCGGCAGCUAUAUGCAUCCGCGAAUGUCGUAUCCACAUCAUUUUACAUAUGUUUCCAGCUGUGUAAAAUAUCUUAUCUUUCUUCUAAACUUUUUGUUUUGGCUAUUUGGUGGGCUGCUUUUAUCUAUCGGCGUCUACGCGUUUAUGGAUAAGCUGAAGGAGGGCAUUGGUUGGGUUCGGCUGGAAACCGUUUAUGAUGUGAUCUUCAAUAUAUCUUUAGUCAUGAUCAUAGCGGGCAUAGUCAUAUUUGUGGUCAGCUUUGCUGGUUGCCUGGGCGCACUGCGUGAAAAUACGUGCCUGUUGAAGUUCUACUCCAUGUGCUUGCUGGUCUUCUUUCUCAUGGAAAUGGCGAUUGCUAUAAUUUGCUUUGUGUUCCCACAAAACAUGAACGCUUUCCUGGAGUUCCAGUUCACCGAUAAGAUUAUUCACUCGUACCGCGAUGACUCCGAUUUGCAGAACUUUAUAGACUUUGCACAGCAGGAGUUCAAGUGCUGUGGUCUGAGCAAUGCUGGCUAUCAGGAUUGGAGCAAAAAUGAAUACUUCAAUUGCUCUUCCCCUUCAGUGGAGAAGUGCGGUGUGCCCUACAGCUGUUGCAUCAAUGCCACGGACAUCAGCUCGGGUCUAGUCAAUAUUAUGUGCGGCUAUGGCGUGCAGGAACACUCUGUGGCAGCAGCCAGUAAACGCAUAUGGACCAGCGGUUGCAUUGAAAUUGUCCGCGUCUGGGCGGAACGUAAUCUGUAUGUGAUCGCAGGCGUUGCACUGGGCAUUGCGUUCCUGCAGCUGUUUGUCAUUUACUUGGCCAAGACUUUGGAGGGCCAAAUCGAUAUGCAGAAGUCGCGCUGGUCGUGAGUGCCAUAGCACCCGGUUUUUUACGGGUAUCCAUUUGAUGAUUUCUACUACUACGACACCCAAAUGUAAGCAAACGACGGCGAAGCAGUCGGCCAGGCCGUUCCCUGUCGCUACCGCCAAUCACGUCUUCGUAUAGUUAAUCUGGUCCGUGCAAUGCUCAAAUAUUUUUCACAAUUCUAUCUAAAAGUAUUAACAAUAAGCUAUUAGAAGUCAACGGCUGUUGCUUAUGACUUUGCAUUUCGAAUUCUCUUGCCUUUUGCGAAAUUCUUUGUUUCCAAAUGUUGUGCAAAUGCCUCAAUAUUAUACUAUGAAUAAUAGCCCUCAUAUCUCAUAUAUGUAUACCCAUAGUUAUAGAAAUUAUUUUAUUUUACCAUGAGCAUUGUCCAUUUAAUGCAUGUUUGUAUUGUAAGUAUUCUAAAGGCUUUUUUGACCAUAGACAAAAUUGUAAUUGUAAUUACAAAUAAAUUAAAUCGAUGUAUUAAAAUUUUAAAAUUUAAAAAUGCAAUAUCAUGAUGUUCUUGUUAGCAUAAAAUUAAAAGACAUUAUGUACAUAGGUAUUAAGAGAAGCGUAUGCAUUUAUAUUUGUUAUUUAAUCUACAAUUGAGCACAAUUCCACAUUGCAUGCGCAUUUAUUGCAGUACCCAACACAGUAUGUAGUAAUAGCAAUAUACCUUAUUGUAGUACAUCACACGAAUAUAUUCAAAAUAUCGAACAAAUAUAUAUGUAUAGAAAUUACAGA